UCUGGCAGUUGAGUUGAGGUCCAACCUCGACAAAAGAAGUAGAAGAAGGUCCAGCCUUGUUCGUGCACCGUAAGAAGAGAGGGCUUAAUCAUAGUGUAAACAAGAUGGAGGAAGAGGAGCAUACAGACAGAAAGCAGCAGCUUGCCAUGCUUUGUCAAAUGUUCAAACAAAUUAAAAAGGAUCUCAGUCAAGAUGACACGGACAAUAUUAACCAGGUCAUCAGAUCAAACUCGCCUGAAUCAUGCCUCUCAUAUUUGAUGGACCUGGAGAAGAAAGAGGACCCUCACCUGAAUCGUAACCACCUCACUAGACUCAUAGACUUUUAUAGCAGAGUGUUCUCCAGUAUGCCACUGGUAAAACACUGUCAGAAUGAAAGCUAUGCCAGGAUGUUGGUCAGAUUUGCAGAGCUGAAAGCGAUUGAAGAUGUCAAUGAGGCAGAAGUCAACUUUGAAGUAGCAGUAUCUCACAGCCAGAAGUUUGCAUUUGUCCACACUGCACAUGCAAAUUUUGAGCAUUCUCAAGGCAACACAAAAAGAGCCAUUGGCAUAUUACAGAAUGCUAUUGAACUGGGUGCCAAACCAAAGGAACUGCUGGAGGCUGCCUUGCAGAGUAUGCAGGCAGGGAAUACACAACUCUUUUGUUCAGAGGAUAAGGAAAAUGUACCAUUAUUACUCAGCAGUAAUGUGCAUGAUUUUGUGAAAAAAGGCUUAGACUUCCCAAAAGUAAGCAGAAUAUCAGACGGCACAGGCGACUUGCAGCUCUCCAGUAUUUUUGGUUCAGGGACUGAGCUCCUCAGGGGAUCAUCAGAUGACCAACCAUCAGGCUGGAGAGCUGCAUCCCAACGCAAGAGAGCAGUUGCCAUGCAAGGGAAAUUAUCUGUAGUACCUUUUUCAAUCCCAGAAAAGGAGGAUGAUGACUAUAUUCAUGGGAAGCCCUCUAAGAGAAGUGAUGCAUCAAUCCCCACCAGUUUGUCCAGGCUCACAUCUGAUUCAAAUGUGAACCAAAUAUUUGGACUGUCUUCCUCAAAGAAAAAUUCUGUUGAUGGAGAUCUAGUCAGUCUUCAGCCACCAGCUGUCAGUCCAGAUAAUUGUACUUGGGAACACCAGGCAGCGGUGGACUCCACCACCGCACUCCUUCACACACGUGACCCAUCGGACACCUUGAGGACGGAAGAUGUAACUUAUAGUUUUGAUGAAGUAAUCAAAACACGGUCCCCUGAGUCAUGUUGGACAUACCUGAUGAACCUGGAGAAAAGAGGCAAUCCUCACACAGACAUCAACCUUCUCAACAAACUCAAGGACUGUUAUUCUAAAGUCUUCUCCAGGCUGCCAAUCAGACAAUACAGCAAAAACACCAGCUAUGCCAGAAUACUCGUCAGAUAUGCAGAACUCAGGGGGAUUGAAGACCCAGAUGAAGCACGGGACCACUUCAUAGUUGCAAGAUCCAACUGUAAAGGCUUUGCCUUUGUCCAUAUAGCACAUGCUCAGUUUGAGGUUUCUCAAGGUAAUAUGAUCAAAGCAACUUCAAUUCUGCACAAAGCCCAGGUGUUAAAUGCCAGGCCAGCUGAGCUCCUGGAGUUAGCCAUACGUAACCUUAAAGCUGGGGAGAAACCGAUACUGUCCCCCAAGGAGGAGGAGCAUUCCAUAGGCAGAGAUGUACAAACAGUUGUUCCAGUAAGCAUGUCAACUUAUGGUAGGAACCAGGAACUUCAUCUUCCUGCUCGGAUUCCUGUCAACCACACAGUAGAACAGCCUAAACCUGCCAGCAAGGAGCCCUUGUCAGAUUGGAAACUGCCAGCUCUUGUCAGCCGGCAUGUUUCGCCAGAGGAUAAACGUUCAACCCCACCCGACCCCAGACCUGUUUCUUGUGUGCUGGAGUCACUUCGCACUCCAUCCCUUCAGCUUCCAUCCAGACUGAAACCACAAACAGUCUGCCAGACACCCAACAGUGAUGCAAACCUUUGUGCUAACAGCUUUAUUACUCCUGUUAUAAAGCGAGUUCCUGAGGUGACUCCCUCUGCAGUAGCAGCACAUAGAGCUGGACCCCUGCAGGAGUCAUGUACACCUCUAAACCAGGUGGCAUGUUUCCAAACACCUCAGGCGUGCAUGCGUGAUGUGCAGAGGCCUAAUGUUGCCAUGACAAGCCUUGAUUGGCGGGUGACAGUGCACACUCAUAAAAGAGAGGUCCACUUGUUAAGAAGAUGGCGAAGCGAAAAUAUGGUUCUGACUAUGGCUCCCUUUACUGCGUUUUCAAAUGAAGCCAUUACUAUUAAGGGCAAGCAGUUUUUCAUUCUCAAGAUGAUUGGACGUGGUGGGUCGAGUAAGGUCUACCAGGUCCUUGAUCGCAAAAAACAGCUGUUUGCUGUGAAACACGUCGACCUUGAGGAGGCUGAUGUUCAAACAGCAGAAAGUUAUAAAAAUGAGAUUGAACUUCUGAACCACUUGCAGCAGUACAGCGAUCAAAUUAUAAAGCUCUAUGACUAUGAAAUAACCGACAGCUACAUCUACAUGCUGAUGGAGUGUGGGAACUUGGAUCUGAACACUUGGUUGCGAAAUCGCAAGAGUGUGAGUCCAUUGGAGAGGAAGUUCUACUGGAAGAACAUGCUGGAGGCUGUCCAUACCAUCCACAAACAUGGAAUUGUCCACAGCGACUUGAAGCCAGCUAACUUUGUCAUAGUGAAUGCUUCACUGAAGCUGAUUGACUUUGGCAUCGCAAACAGAAUCCAACCAGAUGUAACAAGUAUCAUGAAGGAUUCACAGGUCGGAACCCUGAACUAUAUGCCCCCUGAAGCCAUCAAAGACACAUCAUCUCAGCCAGGAAAAGCACACUCAAAGAUCAGCCCAAAAGGUGAUGUGUGGUCCCUUGGAUGUAUCUUGUACUGUAUGACUUAUGGGAAGACUCCAUUCCAAAGCAUCACCAACCAGAUUACCAAGCUACAUGCCAUUAUUGAUCCCUCUCAUAAAAUUGAAUUUCCUGACAUCGCAGAGAAGGAUUUGCUGGAUGUGUUGAAGAGGUGCUUGGUACGAAACCCCAGAGAGCGAAUCUCUGUGGCAGAGCUGCUGGAGCAUCCAUACCUACAGCUGAAGCCACAAGCAUCAUCUGAACCAGCACAUCCAUGUAACAGUGACCUCAAGAAGAUCCUAACAGACCUUGUAGCACUCCAGUCUCCAAACAGCAUCGUCCGAGCUGCUAAUAAUCUGGCCAAAAUGUGCAGCAGCGGAAAAAGAUUGGAUGUUGCAGAGUGUGCAAAGUCAUCGUCAUUCUCAUGAAAUGUUGUGAAUUUUUUUUUUUUUUUUUUUGUUGAACAUCCCUGCCCUGUCUCCAUCCUACCCCCAACCCUGUUAACCACAUCAUUUGUGAAAUA